CUUCCUUCACCUUCAUGUCUUCAACGCCCUCUGCUGCAAGCAGUACUAGCUCUAGCUCGAGAAACUCUAGUCUAGCGCCAUCCUCUGAUCGUCUUAAACGAAAACGUGGAUCCAGUUCUUCUGACGAGGACGAACCAUCUCACGAUGACCCCGUUCUUUCUCAUGCUGAAAAACGCCGACAGAAAAAGAAGGAAAAGUCGGAAACGGACCAACGUUCCAAAGCUAAAAAAGCCAAACUCGAUGUCUCUGGGAAACGACAGAAUUCUGUAUGGGUAGGGAACCUAUCAUACAAGACGACUACAGAUGCUCUUCGAACCUUCUUUGAAGGUGUUGGAGAGGUAAUGCGCAUACAUAUGCCGACGAAGCCGUCGGCGAAACCUGGGGUGAGAGGGGAGAACCGGGGCUUUGCAUAUGUCGAUUUUGCGUCUCCCGAAGCGAAAACUGCAGCCAUUGGUCUAUCUGAAAGGCAUCUAAUAGGAAGAAAACUAUUGAUUAAAGACGGUGAUGAUUUUGAAGGAAGACCAUCAGUUCCGGCCGUAGAAGAUAACAAAUUGUUAGCUGGUGGUAAAAACCAUUCAAAAUCAGCACAGAAAAUUUUGCGUGCACAGAAGCAACCUCCAGCACCUACAUUAUUUCUUGGUAAUUUGGGAUUCGACACUACCAACGAUUCUAUUCGCCAAUUAUUCGAGGGCCAUCGGAGUCUGAAGGAAAAGGACAAAGCGGUGGUUGAGGCGCAAGAGGCAAAAGAUCCGUGGAUACGGAAAAUACGUAUGGGCACUUUCGAGGACAGCGGUGCAUGUAAAGGAUUUGCAUUCGUUGACUUCUCGAGUGUCGAAAAUGCCACCGCCGCGCUGAUCAACAUUAAGAACCAUCACAUGAACGGUCGUGAUCUCGUUGUCGAGUACGCUUCGGCAGAUGCUGUCAGGCGUGGCGCGUCAAAACCAAAAGGUCCAGAUGCACCAGAAAAGCGGAAACGGCCUUUCGACAAGUCGAAAAUGAGUCAGGGGCCAAACCGAGGACGCAAGCUCGUCAGGGAUGCCGGGAUGGAGGAGGAUACCGUGAAAGAGAGAGACGAGGAUCCUCAUCCGCCGCCGCAUCUCAACACGGCUGUGGGCAAUGAGAGACGAGGUAGGGUGGGACCUGCUAAUUCUCGUAGUCGACCUAGACCUGGAGCGGCGCUGGCACAAGCCCAGCGACAAUCUGCUGCCAUCCUCCCGACCUCAAACAGCAAGAAGAUUACAUUCUGAAUGAUAUAAGUUACCAUUGCAUGCCAUACGCCAGCAAAGUGGAGAACCGCAUGCAUUAUUUACUCAAAUUCUUGUCAUCAAAGAACUCGUUCAUCCUACCGUUUUCGGCCACUGGUCAAUUAUCCAGACUGGAGUGAAAGGGCGGAUAGCUAUUUCUGGCAACCAAUAGCGGUCAUCAUUUUAUGUAGGUACCUCACUGACACUAAGUCGUACAGGAAAGGCCAUUAUUGUGCGUCGGGGACUUUGUUGUCAGUUAUCUAUUGGGUGCAGCUGCAAGACAUCUCAGCAUGAAGCAUCAAAAGGCUCGGGGCUCAGGGUUUGCUCAGGCUACGUCGGGGCUCUUUGUAUGUCCCAAGUACUGAUGAGUUAAGCCGACAUCUCGUAUCAGGGGUUUUCAACUGCCUGAUUUUCAACUGAGAUCUGAGUUCAAAAAAUAG